GAAAAUCUAAUUUAUGAGUAAUUAUAAACCGUGACGCAUCCAUCGUCACCGGCGCUAGCUAGUGUCUUUGUUUUGUGUGAAUAAGCCAGACUGUUAAUAUCAGCACCAUCGUGAGCUUUUUGGAUCUUUUGGAUUAAUUCGAGUCCCUCUAUGUGAUUGUUAUUGUAAAUCAGUUUCCACAAACAUAAGUGGCCAUCUGCGCCGCCAGUGGCGAUAAUAUUAUCAUCUAUCCAGACCAAGGCGUACACUGAACGACAGUGGGCAUUUUCAUAGAUGGCCGUAGGGACACCACUGUCAUUCCAUGCCGUUAUACUCUUAUCAUCGCUCACACUGACCAGAUGAUGGCCAUUCGGAGACCAUUCACAGGCCCAUACUGUCGAUUUAUGGUUUUUAAAGCGAGAACUGACAUACCAGUCAUCACUAGGGUCAUCUUUGUAAAUGUUUAUAGUGUCGUCGUAGCUUGCGCUAGCCAGGAGUUCAUCCGAAUGUGGAUGAAAGGCGACAUGUUUUACGUCUUGAGUGUGUUCCAUUAGUACACUAACGCACUCUGGUUCGUUACCGGAUGUUACUAUUGAGAGUAUGAGAAUAUUUGAUUAACUAAUUGAAUAGCAUACCUUCCCAAAUCCAAACCGAUUUAUCUCUCGAACAAGAAGCUAAGAGAGUAGAGGAACUAUUAAAGGAUACACUUUUGCAUUCACUUUCAUGUCCUUCUAAAACGGCUGUACAUGUCCAGUUAUCGAGUAUUCCAUCGUCAUUCUCCCAAAUUCCUACGGUGGCAUCGAACGAACCAGUGGCAAGAUAAGCUCCAUUAGGUGACCAGGCGAGAGCUCUAACAGUACGCUUGUGUUCUUGUGGUAAGCUGGCUACCUGUUGCCAUUCAUUUGAUUGAAAUGCGUAGAGAUGUACUUGAUGAUCACCAGAUGAACUAGCGAGAAUAUUUGUACGCGGAUUAAACGCUACAGUCCAGACUUUAUCUUGAUGUGAUUUGAACGUUUUAUCUUUUAUUAACAUGAAUGGACAAGCUAAGGAAGAUAACACUAUAUUUAGGGUAAUUCAAUAAUGAAUAAUAUUAUUAAGGUAUGAUGUAUUAUAUUUAUUUGUAUUAUACUCUCAUAUUACUCAUACUCCUUCUUACUCAUAACAUCCAUGAAGCUACCAAAUAUAAGAGGAAUAGAUGCCGCUACUUUACCAGCGAAUUACCCAGAGCCAUCUCACUUCGAUAUCGAACAGAUUAUACGACCAAAUAUUCUUUCUUUAGAGCCUUAUCGUUGUGCUCGAGAUGACUAUGACCAAGGUAUUCUCUUAGAUGCAAAUGAGAAUGCUUUAGGUCCUACUAUCGACUCUGAUCAGAGCCAAGAGUUACACAGAUAUCCGUCACCAUCUCACCCACAGAUAAAGCAAUCACUAGUUAAUCUGAGAAAGUUACCAUCAAUUCACUACGCUUUUCUUGGUGUUGGCUCCGAUGAAGUCAUCGAUUUGCUCUACAGGAUUACUUGCACCCCUACAAAGGACAUGGUUAUCACCUGUCCACCUACGUACGGUAUGUAUGGCGUAUGUGCUGUAAUAAAUGAUGUGCAAGUAAAGAAGGUACCUUUAGAUGUAAAUCAUGGCCGAUUCCAGUUAGAUCUCCCUGCUAUCAAGAAGGCUUACGCUGAUGAUACUGAGAAUAAGAUUAAAAUGACAUUUGUUUGCUCACCCGGAAACCCAACAGGUACAUUAAUUAAGCUUUCAGAUAUCAAGGAACUCCUAGAAGAUCCAAAUAAUAUCGGUUUAGUUGUCGUUGAUGAGGCCUAUAUAGAUUUUACAGACGAAGAGGCUUCGGCAGUUUCUUUGAUAGAGAAGUACAGCAAUCUAGUUGUCAUGCAAACAUUAUCGAAGAGUUUCGGAUUAGCCGGUAUUAGAUUAGGGGUUGCACUCGCACAACCACCGCUUAUACAGGUGCUUUCAAACACCAAGGCACCUUACAAUGUCUCAACACCAUCUGCUAGAUUGGCAGAAGAGGCACUCAGUGAUAAUGGAAUAGCAAAGAUGAAGGAAUUUGUCGCAGAAUUAAAGAAGAACAGGGAUUAUCUCAUAGAAGAACUGAGUAAACUACCAAAUGUGGGCGUAGUAAGAGGUGCGAAUGACGCAAACUUUGUGUUGCUUCCUAUAUUAGACAAAGACGCGAAGGAAGAUAACAAUAGAGCUAUAGAGAUUUAUAAGUACCUUGCUGAAACCGAAAAGGUUGUAGUGAGGUAUCGAGGAUCAGAGCUUGGCUGCGCUGGUUGCUUGAGAAUAUCGAUAGGAACUAAAACAGAAUGUAUAGAAUUAAUAAAUAAGCUGAAGCAAUUAUUGUAAAUCACAAUUUCAUAAUCCUUCCUUCUUGACUUCG